CCUGUCUGUCUGAGAGCCAGCCAUGGGGCGCUCAGCUGUCCUCCUCUCUGUGGCUCUAGUCAUCCUCCCAGCUUGUGUGACUGGGGGUCCUGUCCAAAGGCAGCAGCGGCAUAAGCUUCUCCUUGUAUCCUUCGAUGGCUUCCGCUGGAACUAUGACCAAGACGUGGAAACCCCGAACCUGGACUCCAUGGCUCAGGAAGGAGUGAAAGCUCGCUACAUGACUCCUGCCUUUGUCACCAUGACCAGCCCCUGCCACUUUACACUGGUCACCGGCAAAUACAUCGAGAACCAUGGGGUGGUCCACAACAUGUUCUAUAACACCACCAACAAGGUGAGGCUGCCCUACCAUGCCACGCUCGGGAUCCAGAGGUGGUGGGAUAACGGCAGCAUACCCAUCUGGAUCACAGCCCAGAGGCAGGGCUUAAAAACCGGCUCCUUCUUCUACCCUGGUGGGAACGUCACCUACCAAGGAGAGGCCGUGACGAUGAGCCGGAAGGAAGGCGUCUUACACAAUUACAAAAACGAGACGGAGUGGAGGGCCAAUGUGGACACAGUGAUGAAGUGGUUCACGGAGGAGGAUGUGUCCCUGGUCACUCUCUACUUUGGGGAGCCGGACUCCACUGGCCACAAGUAUGGCCCUGAGUCCCAGGAGAGGAAGGACAUGGUGAAACAGGUAGACAGGACGGUGGGCUACCUCCGGGACAGCAUCAAGCGCCACCACCUCACAGACAGCCUCAACCUGAUAAUCACCUCGGACCACGGCAUGACGACCGUCAACAAGAAGGCCAGCGACCUGGUCGAGUUCCACAAGUUCCCCAACUUCACCUUCCGGGACAUUGAGUUCGAACUCUUGGACUACGGGCCCAACGGGAUGCUGAUCCCCAAGGAAGGGAUGCUGGAGAAGGUAUACAGUGUCCUCAAGGAUGCACACCCCAGGCUGCAUGUGUACAAGAAGGAGGACUUCCCGAAGACCUUUCACUACGCCAACAACCCCAGGAUCACGUCCCUGCUCAUGUACAGUGACCUCGGCUAUGUCAUUCAUGGGAGAGUGAACGUCCAGUUCAACAAUGGUGAGCAUGGUUUCGACAACCAAGACAUGGACAUGAAGACCAUCUUCCGGGCCGUGGGUCCCAGCUUCAAGGCAGGCUUGGAGGUGGAGCCCUUUGAGAGCGUCCAUGUGUACGAGCUCAUGUGUCAGCUGCUGGGCAUCGUGCCCGAGCCCAACGAUGGGCAUCCGGGCGUCCUGCAACCCAUGCUCCGGUCAGGGUCUCCGCUCAGCAGUCAGCACCACUUGGUGGUGGUGUUGAUGGGGAUCCUAACAGGUCUGGCCAAGGUCGUAUAA